CAACGCCACCGUGCCUGUGUGACGUGUAACGACUGCAUUCGGACACAUGAAAGCACGCCCGUUGCCGUCAUUGAAAAUUAACCACAUCGACGCGGAUCGGUCCUGUGCUGACAGUUGCCAGUUGCCAGUUGCCAGUUGCCAGUUGCGUGACCAAGAGCCGUCAGUGAUGAGUGUUCAGUGGUUCGCUGUCGCUACUCUCCUCUAUGUGGAGUUGGCUAUCACUUUAUUGCUUCUGAUCCCUUUCCUGAAGCCAGCGACGUGGAAGAAAAUUCUGAAUUUGCCAUUCUUUGGAGCAAUCAAGCCAGCAUGGACGACCAUCUUCUAUGCCACACUUCUCAUCCUUAUCGUACUUUUUGCUGAUUCAAUACGUACAAUGAGGAAGUAUGGAGACGUGCCAGAAACCAAAACCAUGACUCUAGAUGCUAAGCUAGACUACCGACUGAAGGAGUGCCGGGGACAGAGAAACUUCUACAUCUCUGGUUUCACCCUCUUCCUCAUCCUGGUGAUACGUCGACUGGUGAUGCUGAUCUACCAGAGAGCCCACCUAGAGGCAGAGGUGACAGCUCUCAAGAGUCAGGCAGCACAGGCUAGUAGAGAGCUCCAGAGACGCCUCCAACAAGACACAGACACAAAGGGUGAAAAGAAGGAGAAGCCAGAGAUCAAGAAAGCAGGGGAGGAGGAGGAGGAGACUGUGGAGACUGUGGGACCUAGCCAAGAGGGGUUUGACAGACUCCAGGAAGAGCUACGUGUGGCUCGAACUGACCUGGAGGCUAUGAAGAAACAGGCAGAGUCCACUAAUGCUGAGUAUGAUCGGCUGGCAGAGGAGCACCAGCAACUACAGGCAACUCAGCAAGGCAAUUCUGAAGAUAAGAAAGACCAGUGAACCAUCAUUGACCUCCUUUAAACAUUGAAUUUUCCUGCAUAUAAGUGUAUAAUGCAGAUUGUCCAUAAUUAUUAUUAAUACGCAUGCGCGAACCGCACGCAGCGAGAAUUAACCGCACCCGGCCCCACCCCCCCAGCUGGCCCUUCUCAUUCUGAUGGCUGCAGUGAAAUCCCCCGAGCUAGCUCCCAGGGACAAGGAAGAACUUCUAUUGAACAGCGUGUGGAAUGGGUACGCACUACGCUGUUACAGCUGGUAUCCGAGCUCCAAUCCCGCGCGGGCAAUGGUGUACAUAGCACAUGGUGUGACAGAACACAUGGGUCGUUACGAUGAGUUUGCGAUACUGCUGGCAGAUAGUGGCCUGUGUGUGUUUGGACAUGACCAUGUUGGCCACGGUCAUAGUGACGGAGAGAGAGUACAUGUGGAGAACAUCGAUACUUAUGUACAAGAUGUCAUCAAUCAUGUGGAGCUGAUGAAGUCUAAGUACCCUCAUCUUCCAUAUAUUCUGAUGGGACACUCUAUGGGAGGUCUUAUUGUUGCCCAUGCCACCAUCCUGAGAGGGGACAUGUUUGCUGGACUAGUACUCAGUGCGGCAGCUGUCAGACCAGUGGUCGUGAGUCCUGUGACUGCUGCUAUAGUGAAUUUUGGGGCUAAGAGUUUGGCGUUUGUGAUGCCGAGAGUUCCUCUCUUCCCCUGGAAGACUAGCAACAUCACCAGCCUACCUGAGGAGGUCAAAUGCUAUGAGGAAGACAGUUUGACCCAUUGUGGUAUGAUGAAACCAGCCUGGACUGCCUCCAUGAUGGACUCCAUGUCACUACUCUCCCAGUCUCUGCACAAGAUCACACUCCCAGUCCUGCUCAUCCAUGGUGCCAGGGACCCUGUCGUUAGCUACUCAUCAUCAGAGUUUGUCUACAAGAACCUGUCCAGUAAAGACAAGACAUUUCUUAGGUUUGAUGGUUUCCAUGAUGUCCUGCAUGACGUUGAGCAGGAGAAGGCAAAACUGGCCAUACGAGACUGGAUCAGAAAACAUUUAGCAUUAGCAGAUGCAAUAGAUCAUUCUUGCUGAUUUUUUCAACUCAAUUAUAUUUUUAUUUUUAUACCACCCUGUUUAGUGUCUGGCCACCUAUACUGUUGUUGAGUAGCAUUUUGUGUCAUCCUUGAAUGGAGCUAUGGGGUAUAUAGUGGUACCAAGUUUAGUGGAAGGUUUCAAGUUGGGAUCUGGGUAUAUUGCAACUUAUUUCCAAACCUUUUUACAGCCUUAGCUUUGCUUUGAGCCGAUUGUAUAUUA